AUGUCGGGAAUUCGAUUACCGAGGCAGCUAUACCCCUGGCUUCCAGACCAUUUUCGUCACCUUUAUCAGUGGCUGAAUUCCACGGAACCAACAUGGGGCUACACAAUCUACCGGACAACCUACACCCCGCAAUCUCAUGCCUCUUUUCCGCGCAUGGUCGACCUUACCACGGCGUACAUCAAAAAAGGAUAUUACGAUACAUACGAAUCCUGCCUCCGCUAUGAACCCAACGCAGCUGAGUUCGAAAGAACUCCCUUCGAUGAAAUGUGGGCUAAGUACAAGCCACGCGUCAUCGAAGAUGCUUCCCAGUUCGACGGAGCAUCGAUAGAUCAGGUCCGCGCGCAUUUUAAAGCCUGGGCAACUAAGCGAAAUAAGCUCGAUCGCUUUCCUAGUUACCGCAUGUUUAUUGUAAUUGACGAGGAGAGUUUUCGGACUUUACAAAACGCUCCGCUUCCAGAUGAUCUGCCAAAAACACUAGAAGAUAGGCAGCGUCAUUAUGUGAAAGUCAUUGAGGCAUUGGAGGAAGACUCCGAGCCGCCGUUUCCAGGAUGGAUGAAGUGCUCUCUGUCCGGGAUUUUCGACCUGUGGCCGAAUAUGCAGGAGGGGUCUUACCUAGAGGAAAGCUAUUCGCUGAGACCCUACGGCACAGAUGUUUAUUGA